AUGUCUGGCAAAUGUUUUUCAAACAAGGUGAUCUUCAUCAGCGGCGCUAGCUCAGGUAUCGGAGCUGCCACUGCUAUUGAAUUCGCCAAAGAAGGAGCAAAUGUAGUCAUAAACGGAAGAAAUGAAACCAAACUGAAGAAUGUUUACAAACAAUGUGAAGCAGUCGGUAAGAAACCGUUAAUAAUCAAAGCUGAUAUCUCAAAAGAUGAUGAAGCAAAAGCAGCUAUUAAUGAAACGAUUAAAAUAUUUGGAAAACUAGAUGUUUUAGUUAAUAAUGCUGGAUUCUCUAGACCAGGGAGUAUUCUUGAAGGAAAUCUGAUAGCAAGUUACGAUGAAAUUAUGGCUACGAAUGUAAGAGGUGCAAUGCAUCUGACAGAAUUAGCUGCACCUCAUCUGAUCAAAACCAAAGGGAAUAUAAUCAAUAUCUCUAGUGUGGCGGGUACAGCUGUGCCUUUGUUGCCACAAUUCAUUUCAUAUUGCGUGUCUAAAGCUGCACUUGAUCAUUUCACACGCUGUUCAGCAUUGGAAUUGUCGAAACAUGGGGUACGAGUGAAUAAUGUGAGCCCUGGUCCGGUAACAACUGAUUUUCAAAAAAAUGCUGGCAUCGAAGAUAUUAUGCCAGACCGUACUAUACCUACAGCUCUUAAUAGAGUGUCAGAAUCGAUUGAGAUUGCCGAUGUGAUUUUGUUCUUGGCAAGCGAUAAAGCAAAAGGCAUCACCGGGUCCAAUUACGUAUCUGACAACGGCUUCCUUUUAGUUAACUAA